UUAGUAAUGAGACGACUGACAUCGCACCUAAGUCGCUGAAGUAGUUAAUCGACAGCAUUCACGAGCUGAUCCCUAGCACAAUUCUUCUUUUUUUGAAUCGACUUGCAACCGAAUCGUCAUAAACAGGGAUUGGCUCGUGUGUGUUCGAUUAAUGUGUAAUGACAAGUACGGUAAACUCUAGUGGACAUCGCCAAAUCGAGGCACCUGUGGCUGUAUGUGUCAGUUGUAAACAAUAAAAUUUAAACUCAAUUCGACGUAAACAUAACAUGGAAGGAGGCAUAUUAGAAACUCCAGAAACCACACUGGACACAUCCGACGAUGAAAUCGCCUUACAAGGCUUCUGCAGCCCUAAAAAGCUACCAUUCAGAUGUCUUGGACUGGUACUUAUGUGUUUGUUAGGUUUUGGUUCGGUUUUUUGCUUCGACAAUCCUAGCGCGCUACAAGAUAAUUUUAAAAGUGACUUGCUGAUGCCGACUAGCAAAUUUGUUUUACUUUAUUCGAUAUAUUCAUGGCCAAACGUGAUUUUCUGUUUUGUCGGAGGAUUUUUAUUGGACAGUGUCUUUGGCAUACGUUUAGGAGCAAUUGUAUAUAUGGGGCUGUCUUUAAUUGGCCAAAUCAUAUUUGCGGCGGGUGCUAUGAUCAAUGUUUUUUGGCUCAUGAUGCUUGGCCGGUUCGUGUUUGGCAUUGGCUCAGAAUCAUUGGCCGUUGCUCAGAAUAAUUAUGCCGUUCUGUGGUUCAAGGGAAAAGAAUUAAACAUGGUGUUCGGUUUGCAACUGAGCUUUGCACGACUCGGAUCGACAGUGAAUUUUUUAGUUAUGGAUCCGGUCUAUAAUUAUGUGUCCCAGUAUUACAAGGGACCGCAAUGCAUCGGCAUAGUACUUUUCCUUGCCGCUACUACAUGUGUGGGUUCUUUGAUAUGUGCAUGUGCUUUAGGUAUUAUCGAUAAGCGUGCGGAAAGAUUAUUGAGAAGAGGCGAGGGUCAAGAACACAAGGUUGUUGGUCUAUCGGAUGUUAAGGAUUUUAAGCUUAUAUUUUGGUUAAUCACUCUCCUCUGUAUUGCUUAUUACGUGGCAAUAUUUCCAUUUAUCUCCUUAGGAAAGGUCUUUUUUGAACGAAAAUACGCGUAUGAGCCAAAAAGUGCAAACACGGUCAAUUCUCUUGUGUAUCUCAUAUCAGCCAUUGCAUCCCCCAUGUUGGGGUAUGUGGUUGAUAAAACUGGGAAGAAUGUUUUAUGGGUAUUUAUCAGUGUUCUUACAACUAUGGUGGCUCAUGCAUUACUUGCAUUCACAUAUGUAAAUCCUUAUAUGUGCAUGACUCUUAUGGGAAUAGCAUACUCUAUGCUUGCCAGUAGUUUAUGGCCAUUAAUCGCUCUCAUUACCCCAGAAUAUCAGCUUGGUACUGCUUAUGGGAUAGCACAAUCUGUACAAAAUCUAGGUUUGGCUGUAGUUACGAUUUUAACUGGUAUAAUUGUGGACCAGGGCGGCUAUUUUAUGCUUGAAAUAUUUUUCUUGGGUUGGCUAUGGAUUUCCUUGAUACUUUCUGGUGCAAUCUGGGUAUCGGAUAUGACCUUAAGCGGUGGUUACUUGAACAUGACACCGGGUCAAAGAGAGAAAUACGAGGAAAUCCGACGCACGCCUGAAAGUCUCGAGAGGGCGAAAUUACUAUCCCCGGAGUCUACUUCGGAUUUGUCGACCGACGAUCUGUUGCAAACACAGUCCGACAUUAACAUUAGAAAUCGUUACCUGUCCCGUAUUGGCGCAAUGAUACCUCCUUCUGCGAAAGCGCAGAUCCACCGACCAUUGCGAUGAUACAUUCCAUUUAGCUAAAAAUUCCGAAUAUAAAUAGCUAUUUUCGUUUGAAACAUCAUUAAAAAAAUUGCUCACUGUGUCUUCCUCUUACACAGCAUUAAUCUGUGAUAAUUUCUUAAUCGAUACAUUUAAAACCGAUUAUUGAUUCAUUUUUAACCCGAUCGACAAGCAAUUUUUUUUUUUAUCGUUAGAUUAAUCUGACAACUGACAAAUAACAUAUAUUUGUUUCACAUUAACUGUAGUAGUAAAGUAUAAUAAUAAUCGAAUCUCACUAAUCAUUAUGCAGGAACAUGUUUAUAAUAUAAAUAAAACAAGAAUUAUUUUCUAUCUUCUAUUUGAAAACAAAAACCAUGCGUAGAUAUUAAAUUAAUUAUUAUUACGUAAGAUCUCUAAUAUGUUGUAAUAUAUCGCUGUAUUUAAAUGUACAUUUUAGUGUGUGGUUAAAUCAAAAUAAGAACCAUUUAAUUUCUUUGCAUUAUUUUAUACCCGAAGAUAUU